AUGAAAUAUGAAGAUCUGCAGCUGCUCACCAUUUGGUCGUCACCGACAAAGAGCGACCUUUGCCAGUUUAUCAGCGACAAUCUUUCGAACGAACAUGCUAUUACCCAGUUGUUCUUUAUUGAUGCCACAAACUCAUUCCCACUAAGUCAAUUUCAACAGCUAGUACCGCCAACUCUCCCAGAAAACGUCAAAAUCUAUGAAAAUAUAAGGAUCAACACUUGUCUUGAUCUUGAGGAACUGAGCGCCAUAACAGUCAAAAUACUGCAAAUGUUAUCAAUGAAUAAAAUAAGCGCUCAAAAAGGCACAAAGGACGCAGAAGUAGACUCGCUAAAGAUUAUCCUAUAUAUCAAUGGAUUAGAAGUCAUGUGUAGAAACUCCCAGUUUAAAUCUUCGCCUCAAAGAUCACAUGAAUUGAUAAGAGACAUUUUGCUCAAAUUGCGUGUAAUGGGGAAUGAUGAGACAGCAUCCAUAAGAACACUGCUAGAAUUCCCCAAGGAGCAGCUUUUGGACUACUACUUCAUGAAGAACAACAAAACAAAUAUGCCAUCAAUGCGUAAUAAGAGAAGAAGGGUGAAAAAUGGAGAUUCCCUUGCUGAAUAUGUCUGGAAGUAUUAUGCAGAUUCCAUUGUUUGA